CUUGACGACUCCGAGUUUGCGCCUGUCUAUUCUCCCACCCCUCCCUCCAAUUGCGGCCGUCUAGGAGCGGGAUCACUGUGCUCAACAUGCGGUCACUCUUCUCGUUAUUUCUCUUCCUGUUUGCAGCUGUUGUGUCGGCCAUCAGCGCUUCGGGCAACAGGCUGCUGGUGAUCCUGGAAGAUGUCGCCGAGAAAACGAACUACUCCAAAUUCCUUGGGGAUUUAGAAAGCAGAGGAUUCCAGAUCUCCUUCGAGGUGCCGAAGAGCGAGUCGCUGGCCCUGUUCCACCUCGGCGAGCGCAGUUAUGACCAUAUCAUCCUGUUUCCGACCAAGGCCAAGGGCCUUGGGCCCAACCUGACGCCCAACAUCCUUGUCGACUUUAUGAACGCACAAGGCAACAUCCUCGUCGCCCUGACCUCCGACCUCCCGACCCCCACCUCCCUCGUUUCGCUGCUCGCCGAGCUCGACAUCCAGCUUCCCGCCGACCGCACCGGCCUGGUAGUAGACCACUUCCACUACGACGCCUUGAGCUCUCCCGACAUGCACGACGUGCUGCUGCUCCCGCCACCCAGCGCCACCACGCGCCCGGACGUCAAGGACUUUUUCGGCGCCGGCGCCGGCCGAGACGACGACAUCAUUGCCUUCGCGCGCGGGGUGGGCGCCGUGCUCGGAUCCAGCGAGCUCCUAACGCCCGUGCUCCGCGCUCCUCGUACCGCCUACAGCUACAACCCCAAGGAGCAGUCCGAGGUGGUGGACGAUCUCUUCGCGGCCGGCGAGCAGCUGGCGCUCGUAUCGGCCUUCCAGGCGCGCAAUUCCGCCCGCUUCACGCUGGUUGGUUCGGCCGAGAUGCUGCAGGACAAGUGGUUCGACGCCGAGGUGAGCAAGGUGGGGGAGAAGAAGGCAGUCAAGACGUUCAACAGGGAGUUUGCGAAGCGCGUGAGCGGGUGGACGUUCAAUGAGAUUGGCGUGCUGCGGGUCAACUGGAUUGAGCACCAUCUCGACGAGGCGGGUGCGACGAACGAGUCGAACCCCAAGAUCUACCGCAUCAAGAACGACGUGAAAUACACCAUCUCCCUCUCCGAGUACUCGUGGACAACCUGGAACCCCUUCACCCUCCCUGGCGACGACGCUCUGCAGCUUGAGUUCUCGAUGCUCUCGCCCUUCCACCGCCUGCCGCUCACCCUCGACGCCGCCCACUCGUCCGACUCGGCGUCGGCCUACAGCGUGUCCUUCAGGCUGCCCGACCAGCACGGCAUCUUCAACUUCCUGGUCAACUACAAGCGGCCCUUCCUGUCCAACGUCGAGGAAAAGAACACCGUGUCUGUGAGGCACAUGGCGCACAACGAGUGGCCGCGCAGCUUUGUGAUUAGCGGCGCCUGGCCGUGGAUUGCCGGUCUCGGGGUAACGGUGGCCGGGUGGCUGGCGUUCUGCGCGCUGUGGAUGUACAGCGCCCCGGUGGGCGGGAAGAGGGAAAGCAAGAAGACGCAGUAAGGGAGCACAAGUAAGGAAUGUGUGUUGGGGUGGGGUAUAGAGGGAGGUAGUUGUUCCUGUGUUGUUGAUUCGUUCUGUACACAAGAUACAACGUUCCCGGAUGCAAGGCGCAAAAUCUAAAUUCCCCGAAGGAUAUGUAUGAACAAAUAUGCAUGAACCUUCUUGUGCACUCCCAGCCUACCCCAUUGUCGCCCGAGGUGCUGCCGAGAGCGUCCGCUUCAUCAGUCAUGGACGCUCACACCCUCACCUCUAAGAUCUAGCUUCUGACCUAACUGUUUACACACUAUGUGACAUGGAAGAGACACGGGGAAUGAGAAUGGAAAGGCGGGCAAAUAUCGGC